AUGCCUAGCCAACCCUUUCCCAAGGUGGAGGCUAUCAACCAAGGAAUGAUCUCAGAAACAGGGGAGCAAGAGAUAUUGGAGCUCUUAGUGGAUCUUUUCCAGCGAUGCCAUCACUUCCAUGUGGAGAAUCGCCUAAGGACUUACAAGCCAGGGCCCUCCGAGGAGGGAUAUCACGACGGAAUCCCGUCAGACGACUCUGAUGCUGAUUCGGAACGCGAUGACGAAGAGGCUCCAGACCGUCCUCGCCUGAAGGGUAUCCCCGAGAUUAUCAAGAUGCCGGAGCAUGCUAAAUCCAAAAUGCCGCGUAUAACGGAUGGCAGGACGUGGAUGACUCCUGAGAUUCUCACAGCGCUGACGAAGAGAGUCGGCUUCUCGGGUUGUAUUGAGUUCUGGAUUCCGAAAGAGCAUGAAAGGCCUUACGAUGCUCCGCCGGGAUGGAUAUGCGUUUACGAAUGCUCUUUCACCGAGUUCGGGAUGAAAUUCCCUUUGCCUUUCUUGCUGCUGAGAUUCGCCGCUGAACGAGGUGUCGCCGUGAGCCAGCUGACCCACGGCGUCUUUCGUCAUAUGCUUUUCACGGAAGCUUUAGCGAAUGCCGCGAACGUCAUGUUCGAUCGCCAUCUUUUCGAGAACGUCACGGAUCUUCGCGCCGGAUCCAAAUGGGAGGGGAACUUCAAGCGUUUCCACACCGCGAUGCGACAUAGGAUCGUUUUCGAGCCAUUAAGGCGGGCGAGGCCGAGCAGCGCCCUUAAGGACAAAUUCAAAGCUUUGAGGGAUCUUAGUCAUAAGAUCUGGCCCGAGGUCGUGGAGAAACUUGAGAGAGAGAAGAGAGAGAGGAAGGAGAGGAAAGAAGGGAGAAGCAAGCCUGCCGUCUCCGUGACUCCAGUAUCCACGAGGUCGCCCCGACUCAAGAAGAAACCGAUGGGUCUUAGAAAGAGGACCGCCGUACCGGUUGACGACGUCGUCGUUGCUUCGGAGCCAGUGCUGAAAAACCCAGCAGUACAAUAG